GACACACCAUGCACAGCACCGCCGCGAGGGGAAGGCGAAGCAGAAAGCAGAGAAGAAAGAAAGCGAGGGCGGGAGGAAUGGCCUGGAAGAUCUCUGCGGCUGCAGCCCCAGGAGGAGGGAGGGAGGGAGGAGCAACAUCACCAGCAACCAACUCCUCUUUGGCCGUCACGGGAGAUCGAUUUCCCCUCGCGAAAAAGCUCCCGCCUUUUCCCCUUUCCCCAACGCUCUCCCUUAUCUCCUCCGCUCCCGACCUCCAUCCAACCAACCACGCCUCCUCCCUCCUCUGAGUCUCUCUCUCUCUCUCUCGCUCUCGCUCCCUCUCGCUUGUGCGGCCGGCGUUUCUCGGUUUCUUGGGAACAGAGAGAGACAGCCGCCGACGAGGUGGUGGUCGAUGCGCAUGGAGGGGGGAGGAAGCGGAGGCGGCGGAGCCGGGGUAGGAGGGUGCCUGGGGCUGAGCCACUUCGGGGAGGCGCAGAUCAAGGGCACGCACACGCACGGCAGCCGCUACGUGCAGUACAACAUCUACGGCAACCUCUUCGAGGUCUCCGCCAAGUACGUCCCGCCCAUCCGACCCGUCGGACGUGGCGCGUUCGGCAUCAUCUGUGCUGCUGUCAAUGCUCAGACUCGCGAGGAGGUCGCCAUCAAGAAGAUUGGUAACGCAUUCGACAAUCAGAUGGACGCGAAACGGACUUUACGAGAAAUUAAGCUGCUUCGGCACAUGAAUCAUGAAAAUGUUAUUUCAAUAAAGGACAUCAUACGCCCGCCGAGGAGGGAGAAUUUCAACGAUGUUUAUAUAGUUUACGAAUUGAUGGACACCGAUCUUCAUCACCUUCUACGAUCGAACCAGCCACUAACAGAUGAUCAUUGUCAGUAUUUCGUCUAUCAGCUGCUUCGAGGAUUGAAGUACGUGCACUCGGCAAAUGUCUUGCACAGAGACCUCAGGCCAAGCAAUCUGCUGCUCAAUGCCAAAUGUGAUCUUAAGAUUGGGGAUUUUGGCCUGGCAAGGACCACAACUGAAACCGAUUUCAUGAUGGAGUAUGUCGUUACGCGAUGGUACAGAGCGCCCGAACUCCUCCUGAACUGCUCAGAGUAUACCCAAGCUAUUGAUAUGUGGUCAGUGGGCUGCAUCCUUGGUGAGAUUGUGACAAGAGAGCCUUUGUUUCCUGGAAAGGAUUAUGUUCAUCAGCUGAGGCUAAUAACUGAGCUUAUAGGCUCACCUGAUGACACGAGCCUUGGGUUCCUCCGAAGCGAUAACGCCCGCAGAUACGUGAGGUCCCUUCCUCAAUACCCCAAGCAACAAUUCCGUGCACGAUUUCCCACUAUGUCUAGUGGUGCCAUGGAUUUGCUUGAGAGGAUGCUUGUGUUUGAUCCGAGCAAAAGGAUUACUGUUGAUGACGCUCUGUGCCACCCAUACUUGGCAUCCCUUCAUGAGAUAAAUGAUGAACCCAUCUGCCCAGCGCCUUUCAGCUUUGAUUUCGAGCAGCCAUCGCUCACCGAAGAAGAUAUCAAGGAAAUCAUAUGGAAAGAGUCUCUCAAGUUCAACCCUGAACCAAUUCACUAAAUAGUUCCCAAUGUAAAAAGGAGCAAACCAGAAAGGCAUAUCUAUCCACUCCAUGGGGGAAGGCAUGAGACAACAGCAAGAUCUCCAAGUGACCACCCCCUUAUCAUCUCAUCUUGUGGCUUGUCAUUGACGACACCCUGACGUCAAAAACAUUGGAAAUUUGUAAAACAAAGCUUGAUCAAUAAUUUGUAGUGGAGAAAGUUGGCAGCUUACCUGCAUCUUGUUAGGUUGUAUCUAUCUUCGGUUGUAUGCUUAAGAACUCUAGGAGCUUGUCACUGCCUAUGGACUACAAUCUCCACUCUCUACAGUCAGCAGCUCAUGUCACCUUCCAGCAAUUCCUGUUAUGUUCUAAAAUCUUAAUGAACAUAAAAUCGCAUGAUAUAAUGUGACAUUACUCAUCAGCCUCA